GCUAAAUGCAGGUAGGUAGUUGAUGUAAUGUAACACGAAAUUAUCGAGAAUCCAAAAUGGCGGCUGCCCUGGGUUUAAUGCGACAGUUUAAUCGAAUUUCUUCUUGUGCUUUACCUCGUCGCUUGUCACAAAUCAGGUACUUGCAUAGUGAGCGCUUACUGCAUAAAUUUUGUACUCCUCGAUCACCUCUGAAGGCGCGUACAAUUCAACCAAAUUUUCAAAAAGGUAAGCGUGCACGUGGAAAAAUCAAGCUUAUCACAUCCAGUGGUGCUUGAAUCUUAAUCUUUCUGCAUGUUAUUCUGAUGGUAACCUGUCAUCUCAGAAAAAUGUGUAAUGUGUGAAUUUUAUAGGAGAAUACGCCAAGUUACAUGAAGUUAUAUGAUUUGUUAGCAAUAUCUUUUUAGUGGUGUUCUUUUUCUUGCAAUUAAUUUUUGCUCUAAAUGCACGAUCAUCAUGGCAUGCAUUAACAUGGACAAUGAGCAGAUAAAGAAAACAGACCAUUAAAAUAGGUAAAAUUAUUUAUGGCUAAAUUUUCUUUUGACGUACAACACAGUUACGUUCAGAGAACUUGCCUUCUUCCACUCAUGAUGGCCUGGGUUCGAAUCUUUGAGAUGGUGCCACAUAUGGGUUGAGUUUGUUUUUGGUUCUCUUCCUUUCUCAGAGUUUUACUCUGAGUUGUACUCUGAGUUUUCCCUCUGCUCUAAAACCAACAUUUUGAAUUUUGAAAUUCCAAUAGUUGAUCCAGAGAGGAACACACAGGUCAAAACCCUCUUAACAGAUAUGCUUCCACUAUACUGUUAUUUAUUUAUUUUUGUUUUUUAUUUAUUCAUAAAAUGCAUAUUUACUUAUAUAUUUAUUCAUUAGAUAUUUUGCUUAAUUAUACUUUUACAGCUCGUCAAGAUUUUGAAGCAAGAAGCUAUCCAAGAAUUUUUUGUAGAGCCUUAUCAGAUAAUUCAACUGAUAAGGAUCAUUUAUCCAAGGUAUUAAUAUAUUGCAGGUUGUCUCUCUCUACUGAAUAAUAACAUUAAACUGUCCAAAUAUGUACUGUUAUGUUGACUACUUACUAUUAUUUCCUUGUGAUUCCAAUAUCAUCUGGUAUGCAAUGAAAGACAUAUUUUAGGCUUUUACUUCCCUUGGAAAUUAUACAGGGUACCUCUGCAUGUUGUUGUGGGCAAAAAUGUAUCAACUAUUAAUGUGUUAACUCUUUAAACCCACAGGCAAAUACUUAAAAAUAACAUUGAAUGAAUUAUUAAAAGAUCAAAACAAUUUUCUCGGCAAUCAUUUGAGUAUUUCUCAUUUCCUUUAAUCUUAAUUGUGCAUUGCUCUGUUAGAAGAAAAUAAUAUUAUUUCAAUGUUGGUGACUCCUGGAACUUAAAGGUUUUUAUUUUUCUGUGAUUCUCUUAAUGUGAUAAAAGGUGUGGCUGAGUGGGGCGGCUUUUCUCUUGUUUGCAUCGAUGGUCUUAGCUUUCCUGUUUGAUCUAUUUAUCAUCUUAGGAUGAGGGUUUUGAAGAAGAUGACACUGUUCAUGUUAUCACAGACAAGGAAAAAGUUGUUGGUAUGUUUAGUUAUUAAAAAAGAUAUUGGUUUUUAGUUGUACUUAAUUUUGUUGCUGGUUGCCUUUGGAAAAUCUAAUAAUUUUUUUAAAAAAUAAAUAGUAAGGAUAACCUUCAGUGAUAUAUUUAAAAAAAUAGCAGUACUCUUGCAUUCUCUUAGUUUGAAUGAUAUUAUAGAGUACUAGUAGGGAGCAAUAAGAAGUUUAAAUGGGUGUUUGAGUUAGGGUAGUUAUUUUUGUUAAUAUGACAAAAUUUAUUAUGAUGUUGUACGAAUGCAUCUUAUAUGAAUCUUGUUUUUGUUGAUGUUUUUGUCUUACUAUUCUCAUUUAAAUAGUCUUCAAGGAAAAAAAUAACACAUGUUCCUUUUUUCUUCAUGUUACCAUCAGGUGAAUCUCAAAAGCAUGAAUUUCAGGCAGAAACAAGACAGCUGUUGGACAUUGUAGCCAGAACACUUUACUCCGAAAAAGAGGUACACAGCAAUAUUAAAAUAUUUGGGAAAAGAUAAGAAUGCAUGUACAUGUAACCUUUAACUACCACAAUUAAGAUGAGAUCAUACUUGUAAGUUUUGCAUUCACUGUUAAUAGACAGAUGUGCAGAUAAUUAAAUCUUCAGUUGUCAGUUGUUCAGCUAAACAACUUGGAACAUUCUGUUCUAAGAAUGAAUCCCUCUGCAUUAUAGCUGGUUUAUACUAAAGAAGCUUACAGAAACCAGAGAAAGCUCUGUGUUGUUGUUGGACAUGUUAAACGCCUACAUGUGUUACCAAAACAUGAGUAAAUAAUUAAUAAUCUCCACAAUUCUUGUCUCAGGUUUUCAUUCGUGAGGUGAUAUCUAAUGCAUCAGAUGCCCUAGAAAAACUACAGUACCAGUUCAUGACCGGAAAAGAUGUUGCAGAAAAUGAGCUUCCUCUUGAAAUCAAUAUUGCCACAGAUCAGGAGAAAGGAACUCUAACAAUUAAAGAUCAUGGAAUAGGAAUGACUGAGCAAGAGGUAGUUGAUAACUUAGGUACUAUUGCCAGGUCUGGCUCAAAAGCUUUCCUUGAUGAACUUAGCAAACUAGGGAAAGGCGAUUCACGAGAAAAGAGCAUCAUUGGACAGUUUGGUGUAGGAUUCUAUUCCACGUUCAUGGUUGCUGAUAGAGUUGAUGUGUACACACGUUCUUAUAUUCCUGGCAGCAAAGGUCUUCUGUGGACUUCAGAUGGGUAAGAAUCCUAAUUUUCAAUGUACUAGUAAUGACAAGUUUUUAACCUGUAAGUAAGCUUUCUUGGUAAACUCUUGGCUCAGUUGGGAGCAGCUGUAGGGCCAAGUGAGAAAUAACGAAAACAAGACUUUCUUGCUGAGUAUUAUUUGUGGCCUGACAUGGAAGAGGGAAAGGUUGGUUUGGGAGAAAAGGAGUGGUUUUUCAGAAAAAAAGAUAAAAAUUAAUGUAAGUAGAAAUUGCAUUGAGUUUAUUGCUGUUAUUUUUAUACAUUCUACAUCUAUGUUUUGUGUCUUAACCCCAAUUCAUGAAUAAUUAGGGCUAGAAGACAAAGGAAAUAGAUAAUCAAUCUAGGUUAAAAAAUUUCACCAGAAUUUAAAUUUGACCUGUAACAUCUACAUCUACAGCUACAGAAUCUACAUCUUCUUCUACAGUUUUACUUGGCAAAGGUUAUCCAUGGCAAUAAGAUGUUCAUCUCAUUCUUAAAAUAUUUUUGUCUUAAGCUCUGGUUCAUAUGAGAUUGCUGAGGCUGAAAAUGUUUCUCGUGGAACAAAGAUUGUUAUACACCUGAAAGAAGACCACAGAAAUUUUUCUCUCAACACAGCAGUUGAAGGUCAGUUAUAUACUACAAUUCCUUCUGAUGUUUUAAAUUUAAUUUAUAGUAAUUAAUGUGUGUUUCAGUUAAGCCUUUGGUGAAUAAAUUAGAACAUUGUUGUUUCAGUUAGUGACACAGGAGUCCAGAAAGAAAGCUGAGUUUUCUCAACAGGAGUCAAAUCUUUGAUUUUCUGGUUGCUAGUCCAGGUGCUCUACAACUGUGCUACAGGAGACUAAAUUGUGUUUGUUGGUUCAUUUUUUGCAGAUACUAUAAAGAAAUACAGUAACUUUGUGGGCUUCCCAAUUUACUUGGAUGGAAUGUGUAUAAACACAAUUCAGGUUGAUAUCAUAUAGUUGUAUGGCAGCUCUACUGAAAUUUGUAGAAAAAUAUUCUUUUUCUGUGAACUAUUUUUUCCUAGAGUGCUUGUUUACUUUUUCUUACUGGCAGUAAUUUUCCUUUUAUUCAGCCGUUAUGGUUAUUGGAACCUAAAAGCAUAACUCAAGAGGAACAUGAGGUCAGUUACAAUGUAACAUGUUACCAUAGAAACAUAUCAAACUUUCACUUGAACUGAAUUUGUUUAAGCCUCUCAUUCAACCCCUUUGGCUCUUUACAUCAGGUUUUUGACAAGAAGAAACAAGAUUUGCCAUGGAUUCUAAACCUGAUAUGUUUCAAGAGUCACAUCCUCUUUCAUAGCCUUUACGUCAGGGCCCAGUUGUUCCAAGGCCGAUUAGAGCCAACCUGGGGUGAAAUCUUAAUCUUGGUUUCUUUUUCUUUUGUUCGAGAGAAUGUUCUCCAAUAAUUUUCUCUAUUCUAUUUAGAGCAUUCUCAAAUCAAAUUAUAGACAAAUAGCAUUGAACUGAAUUUGCUUUUUAAGCCUUCAUAACUUAAUUCAAAUUUUGCACUAACCCUUGGUUAUCUUAACCCAGCUUUGAACAACCCGGCCCUGUACCAUAGCCACUGAACUACAAUGUGAAAUCACAAAAUAAUAUUGAAAGAAUAAGGCAAAAUACAACAGUUGAACGCAACAACUUUACUAGUUUACACAAGGCGAAAGAUAAAUGUUUGCUUUUAUGAGUUCGAUCUGUCUUUCAUUCCAUUUUUUUCAAUAGGAAUUUUAUCAGUUCAUUGGCAAGACAUAUGACAAGCCAAGAUACAUUCUACACUACAAGACGGAUGCACCUUUGAAUAUUCGCAGUAUAUUUUACAUCCCAGAAACUCUUCCACAGUUGUUUACAGUGCAACACAUGGAACAUGGCGUGUCUCUUUACAGCAGGAAAGUUCUAAUCCAAUCCAAAGCUCACAAGGUUCUGCCAAACUGGCUUCGUUUUGUAAAAGGAGUUGUGGACAGUGAAGAUAUCCCACUAAACCUAAGUCGGGAGCUGCUUCAAGACAGUGCUUUAAUCAAGAAACUUAGUGAUGUACUGUCAGCAAGAAUUAUCAAAUUUUUGCUGGAGCAACAAAAGAAGGAUAGAGUUAAAUAUGAAAAGUUUUUUAGAGAUUGUGGAAUUUUCUUCCGUGAAGGGAUUGUUAGUGCUGAAAGUGAUGAGCAGAAACAGGAUAUAGCAAAGCUUCUUCUGUUUGAAUCAUCAAACGAGAAGUCUGGUGUGCUUACGUCACUGCCAUCAUAUGUAUCAAGAAUGAAACCUACACAGAAGAAUAUCUAUUAUUUGUGUGCUCCAAGGUAUAACUCUCUUUCUUGUGAGUUCAUUACUAUGUUGCUAUUUUUGCAGUUAUUGCACAAUACUGUACUUCAGAAACAUCCAGGUCUGAAUAUAGAGCGUUUUCACUCAUGUGGCCAUAACCUACCCAAAUUUAUUGCGAUAAAAGAAAGCAGUUUGGUUAAAAAAGAGUUCAAUUCCCAUAGUACUAGCCUGUGUACAGACCCCCCAGGAAGGGGGGUCUGUACACAGGCUACACAGUACUGGUUUGGGACACCAGCAUAAAGACGCUGCAUAUUGUUUUGGUACACCGACAUGUGAAAGGUUCUAUUGUACAGCUUACAAAAGUCAAAGGUUUUGGGCAGUGAAUAAGAUUUUAUAUCUAAGUGGUGAGACCGUAAGAUAUGCGCCAGGAUAACUUAGUAGGUUUUUCCAAUCGGGGGAUGUCCUUUGUUAGAGCUUCUCGUUGCUCUCCCCAACAUUCCGCACCUCGUUUUUGAUUCUUAAAAUUUUGAAACAUAUUGGCCAGCGCCUUGCACUGAAUAUUUUAGGGCUAAAUCGGCCAAUCAUUUUUUUUCUCCCUCCCUCUUUCAGUCGCGAAGUCGCAGAAACAUCUCCUUAUUACGAAGCUUUGAAGAAAGAUGAUGUAGAGGUUGGUUUGAAUAUGAGUCCAUACAAUAUUACAAUAAUUAUUACAAUUACUUAUUUUUGCUGAGAUCUGCACAUGCAAAGAUUUGUGUUUUGCUUACAUUGUAAGGCCUCUAAGCAAUACAUUGUUUAUUGUUACUCUAGGUUUUGUUCACGUAUAAUGAACAAGAUGACGUAACACUGCAUUAUUUAAAGACUUUUGACAAGAAGAAUAUCAUGGCUGCAGAGAAUUACUUCUCAGUUGACAGAGAACCUUCACCCACUGAACCAACGGACGAUACCACUCAAACAGAAGAUGCAUCAGGUGUGUAUCAUGUCUUGUAAAAGAAAUAGACUUACAGCUGUAUAACCGUUUUUCUGUCGGGUUUUAAAUAGGUCACAUUUGUAUUAUGAGAACUGAUUUCAUUCCUCAACAGAAUCUCUGACGGAGGAACAAGCUACAGAAUUGUCCAACUGGAUCAGUAUUAUACUGGGGAAACAGAAAGUCUCAGCUGUUAAGGUUAGUAUUGGUAUGAUUAAGGAUGUAUGUAGCAGGGUGAAACCAUGGGAACACCCGGGUGGGAACAUGAAGCCUUGCCAUCCCAUGGUCAUUAUCACUAAUGUGAAGGAACAUUGUAUAGUAAAAGAGAGCAUUAAAAACUGUUCUUUCUUACAUGUGUUGGAAAACAACAGAAUUAACAACGAAAUUAACUGAAGCAAUCGGGAUUUGAAGCGAAUCCGAAACACCAAGAAACAAAAAAGUAUUCGAGGGUUUUUAAAUUCAGUUGCAAAGCUCAAAAAGGCAGAAAUAUUGCAAGCAAAGAGAAUUCUUAGAACACAGAUGAAUACCACCAUAACAUGGGCGCUCAUUGUCAACAUUUUGAUUUGAUAUGUUAGGUUUCCAAGCACUUAAGUCAGACAAGCCACCCAGUGAUGGUGACUGUACCAGACAUGGUGGCCGCUAAACACUGGCUUAAAGUCAUGAGAGCUGAGCAGUUCCAGGACAUUGACAAUGCAAAGUAUCAGAUAUUUCAACCUACGCUGGAAAUAAACCCAAGGUAUUUUCAUCAGCUUUGAUUUAUCUUGGGUAGUUGGUAGAACUGUUCUUUUUUUAUUACGUGCAAUGAAGUGAUUGUCGUUUUUUGCAUGCCUUGAUACCUGGCUGCUUUAGUUAAUGCUUGUCCACUGAGUAGCGUCUUCAUCUUGUGCGGUUGGAUACUGUCCUGUACGUUUAAACGUGCAGAAGAAAUUCAGCUUUCAUAUUCUUACGUUUAAUAGGUGACAAAAUUAUUUGUGUUUUUUAGUCGCUGCAGAGGAGGAACCAUUGUCCUUAUUUUGACAUUCGAGCAAAUCGUUGAUGUCGUAUUUCAAUAUUGUUCCUUUAGCGGCUUCUUUCCAGUCACUUAGCGACAUUACGACUUUAAAAAGAUUGAAUGGAGAUCUCCCUGUCUAAGUAGCACAUAAGAUUAGUAAGGACCAAACAACAAUGUGGUGAUGUUUUCUAUUUCAGCCAUGAAUUAAUCAGAAAUUUAGAAGAGGUUCGGUCAGUCAAUACAGAUUUAGCUGUGCUGGUUGUUAAUCAGGUCAGUCUUACAGUAUUAAUGGUAACACUCUUUUGAUUAGGGUGACUUUGGAGUUUGAAUACAAACUGUCCCUUAACCUUUUCCUCAAACGGAAAGCUAAAAGAACUAAACUCAGGGAAUGUGAGACGGCGGGCUGGGUCCAGUCAGGGCGCGUGAAGUGAUUACGCACUAGAUAAUUUUAUGGAAGUGGCUUGCCGCAUAUGAUUUCUCGAUUGAACUUGAUUUUUGUUUGUGUGUUUGUUGUUUUUUUUUCGCCAAGCAAUAGAGAUAGAUCAUGUAUAACUAUUUCUGAAAAACGUGUUUUGCACAACAUGAUAUUUGGCACGUAAACGAGUAGGCAACCUAAAUUUUCCCUAGGGCUUAGGCACUAUGGUUUUAUCUUUCAAAGUGAUUAAAACUGACGACUAAUUUUUUUUUUUGUGGCAGCUCUUUGAUAAUGCCAUGAUGUCUGCAGGACUGCUGUAUGACCCGCGUAGCAUGGUGGGAAGACUGAAUACGCUUUUAACUAAAGCACUGGACUCUUCGAAACUUUAGCACUGGGAAGCACUGGGACGCAAUUUCUACGGGUAACGGGUUUUACCCACCUGCCUGAAAAGCUUUUUUUAUGUCCUAUGCCUUGCCAAAACGUGGACGCUAUCUUGCUGUUUUGAUAUAACACAGAUCAAAUAAUUGUAGUCGGCCCUUGUCAUCCAGUCAUGGUAAUAUUCAUUAUACUGAAAAUAGAUAUGAUCUUCACUCAUCCUUGUCUCUUGAUGACCGGUCAUCAAAAUCGCAUGCCUUGUUUUGUAAAAAAAUAAAAACAAAUAGUACUGGUUGAAAGUUCUCUCAAAAAACCUAUAUUUGAAUGUUUACACUGUAUUGUGAAUGGUUUGGAGGAACCAUGACUGGAAACCAAGUCUUAAUAGGUGGAAUAUUAUUUUCUUUUUUAGCUAACAGUGAGAGACGUUUUGCCAACCUGUGCGGAAGCCUUCAUACGAGGAACACUCAUUCUGAUCACGACUUUCUGUACUACACUGUACACAACCCUCUGUUUCUUAUUCGUUGAACGUGCGAGAAAAAGCGUACAGUUUGC